UCUAGAAAACAUUUUAGCAUAAAAAUAAAUUAUGAAUGCCAAGUCUCAUAGUUUGGAAAUUCUCGUUGAGUCUCGUCAAGUAGAAGAAGCAGUUUUGUCCAUUUUUCAUUCAAUUAUUUUACAUCGAUCGACGGGAAAAUUUAGCUACAAACGUGAAGGGACUUAUUCUGUUGGUACUAUUGGAAUGGAAGAUAUAAAUUGUGAUUUUAUCGAUUUCACAUAUGUUCGUGUUUCAUCAGAAACUCUGGCAAAUGUAGUAUCAAAACAUGUAUCCAUUUUCGGUGAAGACUUACGCAAAAAACGAGCUGAAUUGUCUGCGUCUGCAACUACAAUAUCAGGAACUAUUACAAUCGAAUUCUAUCAAAAAAGACGAAAUAGGUGGCCUUUUCCGGAUGAAUCAAUUCCAUGGGAAAUAUGGAAUUUAGUUAUUACAGAAAAACUCUUAACAACAGAAAGCGAGCGACAGGUCGCUCAAGAAAACAUUGGAUCACGUUUAGCAGAGAAAAUAUUCUGUGUAACUGAGGCAAUGAAUCGUCAUGACUUUGUUCCAAAAAUGCCAACACAAUCCGACGUGGAUCUCGUAUUUGACACAUCUUUUCCAGAUAUACAACCGUAUCUGUUUAAAAUUACCCACAGGAUCAAUAGUGACUCUAAUAUUAAUCCACCCGUAUCAGCGAGUGUAGGUUCAACCGUGAAAAGAAUGUUUCGAUAACAAAAAUUGUCUUUGUUUUUGUUUUUCUAUGCAGAUUGAUCUAUUCUUUAUUGUUCUCUUACUUUCCAAUUCUGUGUUUGUAUUGUAAACAGUUUUGGACUAGUUUCAAUGCUAUUGAAUGAAUAUUUGAUAUCACUUCAAAAUAUAUUCAUGCUCUUUUCGAAAAUCCCCUUCGUCCUUUGAAGUAGAGAUAUUUUAUAGAAUUGUCCUUAUUGAAAGUGUGAUUAAAGUAUUGAUUCCUAAUAUGAUAGGCCUAUUAAUUUCAUUCAACUGUUAUUUAGUGCAGAUACUAUUUACUGCGUUCUACAAUAUUACUUAUCAAGUUUCAUUUAUCAAUGGCUUCAAUGCUUAUGCCUUUGCUUUGCCUUGGUGUUAAAAUUUUGAUAUUUCAUAUCAUUGCUUUUCUAUUGAAUUGUAAUGAUUUGGACGUUACUUUCAUAAAGCACACCACAUUUUCUGCUCUUAUUAAUAAGGCUCAUCAUAAACAGCGAUUUACCAUUAGCCUAUUAUUUUUCCACUUUGACAUUACCUUAGUCGCAUAUCACAUUUUGGGGAUAUGCUGAUGGUUGGUAUCUAGACCAGGGUGGUCCAAACCAAGGCGACAUCACUAAUGUCACUGAAUUGACUAGUGUUAUGAAUAUCUGAGACUACUAGCAAGGUUAAAUAAUUCUCCGUUAUGAAGAGUUUGAAAUGUUACACCAAAUGUAGAUAUAGAAAGACUUUUGCACAUUUUAGUAAGUUUUUCGGUGGUUUUUGCUUGUUAUGGCUUGAUUAGCAACAAAUAAUGAUCAAUGUGUUUGCACAAUAAAAUUGUUUGUAUUGUACUGUUUAUUUAUUUUUGGCACUAUUGUUGCCCGUGAAUAAUACAAAAAUAAUUUUGCGACCCCCGAAGCUGACAACCUUGGAUCACCCUGAUCUGGAUAGACUAUACAGGGUUUAAACCUGUGAUCUCUAACUAUGAUACCACUGUUAGUAUGUCAGUUUACUAAGCCAUUCAAAGUCAUAUUUUUCCUCUUUUCUUUUCCAACCUUCUUUAUUUCUUCAUUGUAUGUAUUUGUGCUGAUUUUAUAAAUAAUUUUUUUUUUGUUUAAAAUGGAUGUGAAUAACUCAAUACGCUCCCUGUUUAUGUCAUACUGCUAAAUAUUAACUGGUACUUUUCAGA